ACAGAUAGAUACUGCACUUUACAUCCACCCAACUGUAUGUUUUACAGUAAAAUGUGUUUGCAUAAUUUUUGUCUAUGUGAAAGUGUGCAAUGCAUCACUGCAUUUGUCCCCACAUAGGACAGCAAAAUUACCACAAACCGGUGGCAGAGGACGCCUUUUCACACCUCAACAGGAAGAGGCUAUAUGCACCAUGGUCCGAGCAAACAAUGCUAUGAGACUCAGGGAAAUACAAAGGACCAUUAUAGAAGACAACGAUGUCUUUGAAAACAUCCGUACUGUUAGCAUCUCAACCAUUGACAGGGUGCUGCAUAGAAACCAGAUGAGUAUGAAACAGCUGUACCGUGUACCAUUCCAAAGGAAUGAGGACCGAGUUAAGGAGAUACGGUACCAGUAUGUACAGCGUAUAAUGGAGUUGGAAUCAAGUGAACCCUCUCACAACUUUGUAUACAUGGAUGAGGCUGGCUUCAACCUGACCAAAUGCAGAAGGCGGGGUAGGAAUGUCAUCGGUCAGAGAGCUACUGUGGAUUUGCCAGGCCAAAGGGGAGGAAAUAUCACCAUGUGUGCUGCUAUUUCAGAGCAUGGCGUCCUAACCCAUAUCCCCCUUAUAGGACCAUACAACACCCAGCAUCUACUCAACUUUUUAGAGACUCUCUACAGGGCUCUCAUCCCUGAUGAUGAGAGGGGUCUGUUUAGAGAGGAUUUGCCAAAGUAUGUUGUCAUUUGUGAUAAUGUGAGUUUCCAUCGAUCAAACAUCAUAAGGCAAUGGUUUGUGACCCACCCGAGGAUGCUCAUAGAAUUCCUUCCACUUUAUUCUCCAUUCCUUAACCCAAUUGAGGAGUUCUUUUCAGCAUGGAGGUGGAAGGUGUAUGAUCAUCAGCCACACACACAGAUGACCCUGCUGGCUGCAAUGGAUGCAGCAUGUGAGGACAUCACAGUAGAUGCCUGCAGAGGAUGGAUAAGGCAUUCCAAAAGAUUCUUUCCACGUUGCAUUGGAAGGGAAAAUAUCCGGUGUGAUGUGGAUGAGAAUAUGUGGGCCGACAGACAGGAACGUCUGGAUGUGUAG